AUGGUUCCACGGACUCUAAUCCUCUUUAUUCUCGCAGUGUCGGCUCUCGCUGAGUUUUCAGUUCCUGGAAUAUACGAAAAUCUUACACCUGAUGUUCCGGAUUAUGAGACUGGAUCAGGAAAUUAUGAAUCUGGAUCUGGAUCUGGUGAAGAACCCGGUCUUGACAAUGGAAACGAUCAGGAUUUUUCUGUUGAUACAGAUUGCUCCAACAAAGAAGAUGGUCUGUAUCAAAUUGCUGGUUGUUCUACCCAGUUUUUGACGUGCUCUGGCGGAAUCGCACGAAUCAUGGAUUGUCCAGCGAAUUUGAUUUAUGAUUCGAGAAUUGAAGCUUGCGAGUAUCCAAAUAAUGUUCCUGGAUGCAUCAGUACUGACGCUCCAGAAACCACGACGACUACUACAACUCCUGAGCCAGAGACUACAACCGAAGUUUAUGUUGAGCCAACUACUGCCACAGAUCAACCAUCUACCAGCCCUAGAGCUGCUGAAAUUCGUGAAUGCCAGGAGGAUGGAUUCUUCUCGUACGGAGAAUGCAGUGACCACUACACCGCUUGCAGUAACGGACGUUCUAUUCCAAUGAUGUGUCCAGCUAGUUUGGCCUUCGAUGAAGCCCGCCAACUUUGCGACUACCCAUUGGCUGUUCCAGAGUGCCAAGGAGCUUCUGGUCAACUGCCAUCAACUGAUGAGUCGUCAGGAGAUCUUCCAUACGAUAAUGGCUAUGGUUAUGAGGAGCCGACUUCAAGCACUUCCGCUGAUGUUUCAAGCACUACUGAAGAUGUUCCAUAUUAUCCAGAGGAAACAACCACAGUUCAGCAAGAUGAGACCACUACCGAGCAAGUCCCAGUUUAUCCAGGGGAGACCACUGAACAGGAAUUAACUUAUCCAGAAGAGACAACGACAACUGAGCAGGAGAGUGGCUAUCCAGAGGAGACUGCUCCAGUCGUUCCUGUGGAGACAAUCAGUGAACCAGCUAAUGAUACCCCAGCCUGUGCCGAAGGUGCUACCGAAAUUGCUCCCUGCUCUGACAUCUACAACAACUGUGUCAAUGGAAAUGAAUCCGUGUUUACCUGCGAAAAUGGAUUAAAAUUCUCAUCUAAUCACGGAGCCUGCGCGCCAGAAAGUGAGAUCCCAGCGUGUCAGAACCAUGAAGAAAACUAUUAA